AAGAUGCGAUAUGCAUACGUCUCUAAGAAGGAGCAUUACCAUUAUUAAAAUAAACAGAAGGGUACACAAUAAGUAGUGAAAAGUCUUAUUUUGUACACAGCGUACACAAAUAUUAGAAAAAACGCAAGUAUUUUUAUCAACAAAUUUACUGCGUUUUUGGAAAGCAUGAGCGCGUCAAGUGAAGGUGGAGCAGGCGGUGCGGUGGGUGGCAGCGCUGGAGGUACAGCUACGACAACGGCGCCUGCAGCACAUUCCACAGUUGCCGCCAAGAUAACGCACGUGAAGGCCGACGGCGGCAUUUCUAUAACCGGAACGCCCAUCAUUAGCGGCGGCACCAUUAAAGUGGCCACCGGCGGGAACACUGUGCAGACAUCGCUCAGCGGCACACCCAUUGCUUUGAACACUGGCCAGGCCACCACUGCCGCCUCUAUACGAGCCAUUGGCGCCGGCGGCCAGUCGACCCAGGUGCGCGUCGUCAUGCCCAUGAUCAAGCAGCUGGAGAAUGUCACAGCCACGGGCCGAACACAAAUCACAGCCAUACCGGCGACACCGGCUCGCAGCGUCUCGAAUGCAUCCAUCACGGUGACACGGCCAGUUACACAGGCCACCUAUUUGCCGCGUGCCAGCGUCACGGCCACACAGAUGAGCGGCGUGGGUGUGACGGGCGCCCAACGACUGGUCACGCCGCUGCGUGCGACAUCGACGGCCAGCGUUAGUCCGGCGCCCACGGGGCUCAGUAGCACGGGUAAUUUUGUGCGCACCUCGCAGCCCUCGACGGUCAUCUCGUCGGCCAAUAGCCCCGCUACGGCGGCCUGGAUGCAGAGUAACACCGGGCAGGUGCAACUCAUACGUGCUAUACAUCAGCCCAGGCAACGCAUCAUUACCACAUCAGCGGGCGUGAGCAGUGCCAACGUUUCCACAACAGCCACACCUGUUCAGACGCCAACAUCUCUUACCGUUUCUGCGGCACAGCCGAUGCCGCCGCAGCAAUCCGGACCCACGGGCAUACCUCAGGCUUAUGUGGCAACCGUUCUGCCACCGCGCCAGCACCAGGCGACGCUUGUCUAUUCCUCAAAUGUGUCAGCUGCCGGCUCGCCCAACACGAUGUCAAAUCAGCUCAAUCCUCGCUUCGCCGUUGCCACGCCUAUCGGCAGUGCGACGAGCGUCGCUGGCGGCACAGCCACAACACCGGGCGGCACCACCGUGACGCCACGUCAGGUGCGUCCCAUACCGUUGGGCAAAAGCUUUCCGGCCACCAAACUGAACACGACAAGCAUUAGCAUUCGAGCGCCCAGCAUACCGCAGCUUAACUCCAACGUUGCUCCGCCCACGCCAGUGAGCGUCUCCGGUGGCGUCACAGUGGCUGGUCGCGGUCCUGGUGGCACUGGCGCAGGAACAAAACGUGGCGCCCGUUGCUCUCUGCCCGCAAAUUUGCCAACCACACGAAUCAUUCAGCUGCAGCAGCCGGCAACUGGCGGCGCUCACCAAAUCAUUGGCUCCACCACGCGUCUGGCGCCGAAUGUCAUGCUGCAGCCCUUCCUCAUGAGCACCAGCGCGGCGGCCAAAAUGGGCAUUCGACCGCCGGUUACAAUGACCGCCAAGGUGCAGCCCUCGCUGACCAUUACGCAGUUGAAUCCGAUUGGCAAACUGUCGACGGCAGGCGGUGCUGGUGGGCCCACAAUGGCGCCGCAGGGCGUGGCCAGCAUACAGGCGGUGCCGAGUGUAUCGGCCAGCGGCACGCCCAGCUCCGUGUCGGGUGGCAGCUCAGCAGCUGUGGCCGCUGCCGGCGGCGCCCACGGUGCUGCCUUUGACCAUGGCGGACGUGGCGGACCCGCAAGCAACAUUUUGACGGGCACCCUGACGCCCAUCAAGAAUGCCAGCGGCAUAACUGUGGGCAAACAGCGCAGCGGCGGAGGCAGUGGCUUUAGCGUGUCAGCGACAGCGGGCAACUACGUGUCUACAUCCCUCGGCGGGCCACAUCCUUUUGCCGACGGGCAGCUCCGGCCAUCUACUAUGAGUCCAUGCGGCCUCGACGGGGUGCUCUCGCUGACCACCACGACGGUCACCCAGAGCACCCAUACGCACGGCCAGGCUUCACGCACAAGCCCGGCACAGGCCCAAUUGGUGAGCAUCAGUGGCUGGCAGCAGCCUUUCCGUUCCUCGCUGCCCUUGCCAAGCCAUGCACAGCAAGUGGAACCGGCGGCGGAUCCAAGCCACAUUACGGUGCUGCCAUUCGUCGGCAGCGGCAGGUGGCAAUCGCACCAUGGACAUCAGCAGCUCCUCAUAACCGGCGGAAACCGGCGCCGUGCCAACAACGACCCGGCUGGCGGCGCCACAGUUAGUGCAUUGCCCAUGCCGGUGCCGGUGCCGGUCGCGGCAAAUACACUCGUGUCGAGUUUUAUGCGCAAACGCGAUGCCGAAGGCUCGCCCAUACGUGGUGUCAAGAAUUGGCCGCCUACGCUGCUAUCCAUGAGCAGCAAUAGCAACGCCUCCGCAUCGGUGGGUAAUGUGACUGCGGUGAAUCUAGCUGGUGGCUCGGCAUUUAAUUUACAGCCAGUCACAGUGACGCCAGCGACGCAACCGCCGGACCACAACGGCGGUCAGCUCAGCCUAACUGUUGAGGCGCUGGCCAAGAAGGAACGUGAAGCGUGUCAGUUCCGCCGCCGCCGCCGCAGCGGCAGCAGCAGCAGCUGGUACAUCCUCGGCGUCCCACAGCGUCCAUGUCGACAACAGCGGGUUAGCAUUGUGAGCACACGAAAUGUGCGUGCCGAGUCGCCGGCUUCUUCUGAUGGUUCCACCACAGUCUCGGCGAUCUCGCCCGGCGUGGAUCAGCAAAUGCAGGACAGCAAUCUGUCCAUUAACCGAAUUGGCGACGAACCUGCUGGAACUGCAGGGCGCGACAAUGCCACACACUUUAAUCCCAUAAACGAGCUAUACUCAUCUCAUCAGUCUCCUACCGCAAACGCAUAAACGCUGGGCGCACGUAGCAGGCGGCGUUGCUAGCGCCUUUGUGGAUGUGUCACAGCAACAGGCCAUCGCAUUUCUGGUAACAACACAAGCAACUACAUGACGGCAAGCCAAUUGCAGCAGGCGCGCAUGAAUGGCACCGGCGGAAGUGGCAGCAAUUCCCGAUUACGGCUUGGCACGCAAGAAACCCGCGACGCUCACGUGAGUUCAACGAUAGCCAGCACUCCAAUCAAGCCAGGCAUCGUUAUCACUGUCCCUGCCACCGCCAAUGGGCAGCCGGUUACGCCGGCUGUGGCUGGCAACAAGGAGAACGCAAAUCCUGUGGACUUUGUGCUGCGACGUCCGCGUAAUGGUGCGCUGCUCAAUACAUACAAGCCGACUCACAAGCUGGCAAACAAUCAUUUCCAUCGAUACACGGACGUAAAGCCGCGCGAUGAGCGACGCGCAACAGUCAUUGAUUUGGCCAAUCAACCAAAAUGUCAGAAGAAAAUUAGCGGCUGGAAGAUUCAUCAUUUGCGCUCGCAAAUGGAGGAUUUGAAUGAUUCGGAAAUGGUUAGCUUAAGCCAACUAGAAACAAUGUUGAAGGUACUCGAAAAGGACAAAGACAAACUCGGUGAAAUUGAGCGAAUUAGUGAGCUUUUAAAGGGCAACAUACAACGUAGCAAGAUUAUCACCGACGGCAUCAACGAGGCCCAAAAUCAGUUGAUGAAGAUCUUUGAUCACAAGCCUCAUGUUCUCGACAUAAUCAAUCGUUUGCAAUCGAAGCGCAAUUUUAAGAAACGCGAAAAAUUAUAAUUAUGGCUGAUGAUGUUAAAGCGAAUCGAAGCCUACAACGACACGUUGCGCCUUUAGCUAUAUAUUCAUAUAUUGAUAAGUUUUGUAUAUUGCCUAAGAUAACUAUGUACGUCAUUAGUUUUAAAUUAAUUUAAUUUUUACGCAUAAAAGUUUGUAGAUAAAA